GUGUUGAAGUAAACAUAACCCGUUAAAAAUUUGUCGCUCAAAAAAUUGCAAUUGCGUUCUUAUAUUUAAUUUAGUUGUAUUUAAGUCUAUUAUCAGUUAUCAUCUUAUGAUUUACAUCAGUGCAUACUUAGUCAAUUGAAAAAUGUCGAACAGGCAUUUGUUUCAACAGUCUGGAUUUGUCAAGGCUCCAUUCUACAAUGGAUUCAAUCGUUACGUUUGUCAGUUGAAGCGAAUAACACUUAAAUUCUGCAAAGAGUAUGGAGGCAGCAGAGGAUUACGAGAUUUUAUCGAACAGAACCUUGUAGAUUUUGCGAGAGAAAACCCUCAAGUUGUUGUUUAUGUUAAGCCAAGGAGACACAGAAGUCCUGUACUUGUGGCGGAGUACUUGGAUGGCCACAGAGAAUGGAUGAGUCUACAUAACUUUCAACGGGAUGAAUGCUAUAGAUGGAUACAUAACAUGCUUACCGCAUCCGGCGAUCAAAGUAUCAGGUAUCGGAAGUUGUGGCACACAGAAAAUCCCUCUAUCCAAGGCGUAUGGAACCCAUUUACGAACAGGGACCCAGCUCUGAACAUUGCUACCUUCCCAUUGAAGGAUAUGAGGAGACCAGCCAACAUGCCGCCAACAGCAACAGAAUUGAUUUUAGAAAUGGCUGCUCAGAAGGAAAAAAUGAAGGAACUUCAGACAGGCAAAACUGAAGAAAGUAAGACAGAAGACUCUCACGUAAAGGCAUCAUCAUAAUGGGGUGCCAGUCUGCCAAAUUUAAUCUUGUUUGUAAAUAAGCAUUUAGUUUUUUGAAUUGUCAAUAUUAGGUUUAUAGCAGUGAGAAAUAAAAUGAUGUUUGUUACUGUGUAAA